AUGGAUGUGGCCGACCCGCAGCAGCUGGGCAUGUUUACAGAGGGGGAGCUGAUGUCCGUGGGGAUGGACACGUUCAUCCACCGCAUCGACUCCACGGAGGUCAUCUACCAGCCACGUCGCAAGCGGGCCAAGCUCAUCGGCAAGUACUUGAUGGGGGACCUGCUGGGGGAGGGGUCCUACGGCAAGGUGAAGGAGGUGCUGGACUCGGAGACGCUCUGCAGGAGAGCCGUCAAAAUCCUCAAGAAGAAGAAGUUGCGAAGGAUCCCCAAUGGGGAGGCCAACGUGAAGAAGCCCAUCCUGGAAAGUGCUGCUCCUCUGUCCGCUUCCACCUCCCCCUUCCUGGCCCAGCCUGCUCUCACGCAGAAGCUGAGCUGUGUUCACUUGCCCCUGGCCGGCCCGGGUCUGGGUGUGGGUCCAUCUCUGUCCCACGGGCUCCUCUCCUCAUCCCCUGAUGUGUCUGGGGAACAGGGCCCGCCCGUGGCUGAGCUCUCCUGCUUGGAGGCGGCACGGGUCCACGGAGCAUCCCUGGGGCUGGCCACUGGACUCCGUGCUGCUGUGGCCCCCCCAGCCUCUUGCGAACAGCACCCUAAGGUUCCCAGAGUCCCUCUCAAGGGCCUGGGCUGCGUUCUGGCACCAACUGAUCUGUGGCGAGAGUCCCCCACGUCCACUCUGCUGACUGUCCUGGGGCUCCUGGUGGCAGCAGGACUCCGCGGACCCCUGCUGGGACACAGGGGUGGUGCUGCGGUGGGCGAGUGCCCGCUCUGCUCAGGCACGGUGCAGCCCCGCACGUAUAUGGUGAUGGAGUACUGCGUGUGCGGCAUGCAGGAGAUGCUGGACAGCGUGCCCGAGAAGCGCUUCCCCGUGUGCCAGGCCCACGGGUACUUCUGCCAGCUGGUGGACGGCCUAGAGUACCUGCACAGCCAGGGCAUUGUGCACAAGGACAUCAAGCCAGGCAACCUGCUGCUCACCACAGGCGGCACCCUCAAGAUCUCCGACCUGGGUGUGGCCGAGGCCCUGCACCCCUUUGCCGAGGACGACACGUGCCGGACGAGCCAGGGCUCCCCAGCGUUCCAGCCCCCUGAGAUCGCCAACGGCCUGGACACCUUCUCUGGCUUUAAGGUGGACAUCUGGUCGGCUGGGGUUACUCUCUAUAACAUCACGACAGGCCUGUACCCAUUCGAGGGGGACAACAUCUACAAGUUGUUUGAGAACAUCGGGAAGGGAGACUACACGAUCCCGGGUGACUGCGGCCCCCCGCUCUCGGACUUGCUGAGAGAACCUCGCCAGACUAUACUGACCGUGUAUGUUGGCUCCCGUGUGCCCUUUGGCCCGUGUGAGAGGCCAGGGGCUGCCUUUGACGGUUCAGGCAGGCGGCCCCAGGCCCAUGGCUCCCCGCAGGCCAGCAAGGGCUGGUGCCACCCAGUUGAGAGUAGGGACCGGCAGGCCCUGGGCCUUGAUCUCUUCCUCCCGUGCCCGGCACGGGGAGUCGAGGCUGGCCCCACACUCGCCUUCUCCCUCCUAGGACAGGUCCCAGAAGAGGAGGCUAGUCAGAACGGGCAGAGCCGGGGCCCGCCCAAAGUCGUGUGCGUGAACGGCACGGAGUCGGCGCAGCUGAGCGCCAAGUCGAAGGUGGAGCGCCGGGCCAGCGCUGCCUCCAACCCCACCCGCAAGGCCUGCUCGGCCAGCAGCAAGAUCCGCAGGCUGUCGGCCUGCAAGCAGCAGUGAGGGUCGCCGCCCGCAGCCCGUCUCAUCCAGGUGCCACGGCCCAGGUCCUCAGUCUUCCCGCCGACCGCCGGCCCACGUCUGCUGCCCAGAAAGGCCACCACCACACCCUCCUUGCCGACUGCCCCUCAGGAAUCCAGGGGUCCUGGAGGGCCAUGGCUGGGGGACAGCAGGGACUGGGGACUGGCCUUCCCCUCAUGGCCAGUGAACACGGCCUCUCAUUGACUUUGCAGCCCUGCGCUGAGCCCCCUCCCCGGGCCUCGGGAGGAGGGAG